AGUUAAUACGACUAGAUCAGACAGAGGCUGGUGUCACUACAGAAAAACAGGAAUUAUUUUUUAACAACAAAUUACUUGACUUUAAACUCUCAAUUAUACAAUAUACCAACAUCACCAAGAUCGUUAUUAGUUUUCAAUUAAAGCUGUUUAUCUAACAACGAUUGCUGACAUCAACAAAAUGGUGACAUUUUAUUUACUAGCUUUCUUACUGUUUUGUGUGGAAAAUGUUGACAGCGCACCCAAGCCAAACACAGUCUUCAAUCUGCAAGCGGUUACAAGAGCAAAUAAAGCACACGAAAUGCUGAGAACAAAAUCAUGUCUCGAACUUAUUGGAUCUAAAAAUUGUACCUAUGUAAAAUCCCAACUUCCACACGAUAUGCAGUUUUUUAUGGCGUCAAAAGAAAAUGGUCAUUUAAAGAUCGUCAAAGCUUUGGGUAAUCCAACUCUAGUUAGAGGUCUGAACGGUUUGGGGGCUGUUGUUGUGGUAGAUACAAUCCCAGAUGCGCAUUAUGGUCAUAAAAUCGUUGUAAUGCCGAUCAAAACAGACAUUGAAAAAAGCGAAUGCGACAAACUAAAAGGAUUGUUUUAUAACCAAGCAGGCAGCUUAGGCGAGUGUAUGUUUCUUCCAAACUACUCGUACUGCUUACGAUUGAAACAGAUGAAGAAAAACCGAGCAUGUGCUUUUCAUAGCAUUCCAAAAGUUUAUGAUGUAACCGAUAAUCAACAAAAAAACAUCCUAAAGUGUCUCCCAAAUAUUCAAAAUUUUGGAAAGUGCCCAAUCGUCAAUGUGCUCAAGUUCAACCCAUGCGAUAACAACUCAGGAAAUUGUAAAGGCAACACGUUUAAUCAGCAGGACACUUGUGAGAGGAUGUGCGAUCACGCUGUUAUCCUGUCAGGAGGUUGGAACAAAUAUAUGAACAAGGUUCGACAUUUGAAAAAUAUUAAGGACAUGCACCGCUAUCUCCAUGAGAAAAAAGAUUUUAAAACAAGUAAUAUUAAAGUCUUCUUUGCCAACAAUGGAACGAUAAAUCUUGACAAGCAUACUUCCACCCGUGAUACAUAUCCUGCCACUGAUGCGAACGCUAUUAUUGACCACAUAAAAAAGGUUUGCACUAAACGACCGCAAUGCAUUGAUACUUUUGUACUGUAUCUAAACGGCCCUGCUUUACCGAACGGUAACAUCAUGUUGUGGGAUAGAGAUUCAGAUGGAAAAGCUGCAAAAGCAGAAAUCAUAGAGAUUCCAAAGUUACUUGAACCAUUAAAAACAUGCAAUGCAAAAAACUUUUUGAUUAUCGCUGAUCAAAACUACGCCGGUCAUAUCAUCGGUGAAGUUGUAACACAGAAAAAUUUGGGGUAUGAUAAUUUCAAACGUGUUCAUGUAAUAGCAGCUUCGACCAGAAGGAGUUAUUCCUGGGGAAGAGACUUCACGAAGAAAUUUAUUGAGUUGGACAAUGUACAUAUCGAUUCGCGUGUGGACACUUCACCAUCGAGAAAAAUCUCUUUAAUAUACAAGGAUUUGCAGAAAAUGUUGCCAGCCAAGUAUCGGUUACGCUAUCACAAAGGUGAGAAUGCUGAUUUAACGGUAACCGGCAAGUAUGGAUCCGAAGCGGGUUGCAUAUUGAAUAAAUAGCCCAGCUUGGCAUGAAUGUCCACAAAAAUCAGAAUGAUUAAAAUUUAACAGUGAGGAAAGAAUGCUCUUUCGAAGAAUGCACUUAGCACAAAUGAAUCACCGAAGUAGAGUUCAGCUAGUUUUUGAAACCGUCACCCUCCAUCGUUACACAGGUUGCAAAAAAUGGCAUUACCCAAGAAAACUAUAAGAAAGCUUCUAACAUGACUUUCAGUAAGAAAGAAGAAGGACAUAUUUACUCAGUUCGUAAAAAAAUUCACUCUAAAUUAUUAAAAUUUACGAACAAAAUUAUUUAAUUCCAAUUUCCAUUCACCCCAGGUGAUACGUUGUAAAAAGUAAUUGUAAAUAUUACCCCCUGUUUAUACGUAGAUCAUAACGUUAUAGAUUAAUUAUAUAUAGUAUAUAUAUAAAAGAAAAAUUAUCUUCGAUUUGAUAA